GACAGGACUUUAUUGUGGAGGAGCGUUAGAGGCUCUUAAAUGCUUGCAGCCGCUUCCUUUUGUCAUUGUGUGCAAGAGCCUCGGUGACGUGAUUUUGGCAUUUAGCGGUACAGUUGUGUGUUUGUCAGCAGCUAGCGGAAUUCCACCAUAUCUGUCCAUGAUGGGAAAGAGCUGCCGGGUCAGCAAACUGUGCAUUCUUUGUGUGGUCUUAGCCUUGGUUUCCGUGGCAACCCUCGUCACAUUGUGGACUCUUGCCCUGACAGGAGACGAUGGUGAUGACGUCACAGCUCCUUGGGACAGCUAUCGUCUGCCCACAGAUUUGGUUCCUGAGUUCUACAACAUCACCCUGUGGCCUCGACUCAGCCGCGACCCGAACACCGGCCUCUACAUUUUCACAGGACAUUCAACUGUGCAGUUCGAGUGCGUGAAAGAAACCGAUCUGAUCCUGAUUCACUCCAACAAACUCAACUACACCAAACUGGAUGAAGGUCACAUUGUCAGACUCACUGCUUCAGGUGGUGCUUAUGUCCCCAGUAUCGAGUCGACGUGGCUGCAGUCUGAGACUCAGUAUCUGGUCAUCGAGCUGAAAGGUAAAUUAAGUCAAGGACAGACGUAUCAACUGUACGCCGAGUUCACCGGAGAACUAGCUGACGACCUAGCCGGCUUUUACAGGAGCGAAUAUGAAGAAGACGGAGUCAGAAAGAUUGUUGCCACUUCUCAAAUGCAUCCGACUCACGCCAGGAAAACGUUCCCUUGUUUCGAUGAGCCUGCGAUGAAAGCGGUUUUCCACAUGACUCUCAUCCACCCUCCUGGAACUGUAGCCCUGUCUAACGGCAUGGAAACAGACGUCGUUAAUGCCACCAUCGAUGGAGUCGCCGUGACACAGACCACGUUUGAGCCCAGCGAGAAAAUGUCGUCCUACCUGCUGGCCAUCGUCGUCUCUGACUACGGACACCUCAGCGCUAAACAAGACGACGUUCUGAUCCGUAUCUGGGCUCGUAGGAAAGCCAUUGAACAGGGACAAGGUGACUACGCCCUCAAUGUGACCGGACCAGUGCUGGACUUCUUCCAGUCCUACUACAACAUCUCGUACCCGCUGAACAAAUCAGACCAGAUCGCUCUGCCAGACUUUUAUUUCGGUGCCAUGGAGAACUGGGGUUUGGUGACGUACAGAGAAACCAACCUGCUGUACGACCCUGUGACCUCCUCCAACAGCAACAAAGAAACCACUGCCACCAUCAUCGCUCAUGAGCUGGCCCACAUGUGGUUUGGUAACCUGGUGACGCUGCGCUGGUGGAACGAGGUGUGGCUGAACGAGGGCUUCGCUUCGUACGUGGCGUAUCUUGGAGCCGACUAUGCCGAGCCGACGUGGAACGUGAAAGACUUGAUCGUCCUCGAUGACGUCCACAGAGUGUUUGCAGUGGAUGCUUUGACCUCCUCUCAUCCUCUGACCUCUAAAGAAGACAGCAUCAUCCUGCCGGAACAGAUCACUGAGCAGUUUGACACCAUCUCCUACAGCAAGGGUGCAGUGGUGUUGAGGAUGCUGUCUGACUUCCUCUCAGAGACAGUCUUCGUCCAGGGACUUAGUUCGUACCUCAAUCACUUCGCCUACAGCAACACAGUGGGAAAUGACUUGUGGCAGCAUCUACAAAUGGCGGUGACAGACAACGAUGUUUUACUUCCUCGUCCAGUUCAGGACAUCAUGAACCCCUGGGUGCUCCAGAUGGGCUUCCCUGUGGUUACCGUGGAUACGGCCUCAGGGAAAGUUUCCCAGCAGCACUUUCUGCUGGAUCCAGAGUCCAAUGUCACGGUCGAGUCGCCUUACAAGUACGAGUGGCCGGUUCCUGUUCGGUGGAUGAAGGCCGGUGAGGUCCAGACGGACAUCUGGUGGCUGCUGGAGAAGGAAGUGGUGAACCCGGACAUGAGGAGUGGAGCUUCGUGGGUUCUGGCCAACAUCAACGUGACCGGAUUUUACCGAGUGAACUACGACCUGGGGAACUGGGAGCGUCUGUUCGCUCAGCUGACCACAGAUCACCAGGUCAUACCGAUGAUAAACAGAGCUCAGCUUGUGGACGAUGCUUUUAAUUUAGCCAGAGCUCAGCUGGUCUCCACCACUCUGGCUCUCAGGACCACCUCCUAUCUGUCCCUGGAGACGGACUUCAUGCCCUGGCAGUCUGCUCUGGACAACCUCAACUAUUACUACCUCAUGUUGGACCGAACCGAAGCCUAUCAGCCGAUGCAGAACUACCUGAAGAAGCAGGUGACUCCCCUCUUCAUGCACUUCAAGAACCUGACGUCAGACUGGACUCAUGUUCCUGAAGGACACACUGACCAGUACAACCAGGUGAACGCCGUCCGAACCGCCUGUAGAACCGGAGUACCGGAGUGUCAGAACCUGACCAUCACCUGGUUCAGACAGUGGAUGGAGAAUCCGCAACACAACACGAUUCAUCCCAACCUGCGAUCGGUCGUUUACUGCAGCGCCAUGGCAGCAGGUGGAGAGGCUGAGUGGGAGUUCGGAUGGAUCCAGUUUAAGGAGGCGUCUUUAGCCAGCGAGGCCAGCAAACUGAUGUCUGCUCUGUCCUGUACGAACGACACCCAGCUGCUGCAGAGGUUUCUGUCGUUCACCUUGAACUCCACUCUGAUCCGUAAACAAGACGCCACCUCCGUCAUCACGUCUGUGGCCGCCAACAGAGCAGGACAGAGUCUGGCCUGGAGCUUCGUCAGGGAUCAGUGGGAGUACAUGUUCACUCAGUACGGCGUUGGCUCCUUCUCCUUCGCCUCCAUGAUCACUGGAGUCACAGCGAGGUUCUCCACCCCCGAGGAACUGCAACAGCUGGAGGAGUUUGUGGAGCAGAACGGAGCCGCAGGGUUCGGGUCGGCCUCGCUGGCCGUGGAUCAGGCCUUGGAGAGGACCAGAGCAAACAUCAAGUGGCUGCAGCAGAACCAGCAGGAGGUUCUGGACUGGUUCAGCAGCCAGACGCACUGACAGAACCCCUGGACGAUGAACGAGUGAAUGUGGGACCGACCUGAAGGCCAUGCAGAACCAGAUGAUGGCCAUGAAGAGAGUAGCGAACCUCAGCUCAGCCGACAGGAGGGACGCCACGUUCCUCAACACCUGGACAGAUGUUCAAACACAUGGGACGCUUUAGAAAUAACUCCAGACUGAGUAUAUAAUAUAACAGAAAUCAGAUCCAGUUCUCUGCACAGCGCUGGGAUCAGCUGCUUGGGAACAACAUCAUUUUUACACAAUAUACUGCAAAUAUUAUGCACAGAAGGGGACAUACGUUGUGUUUUACUCAUACAGCUCACAAUAAUGUUAAUAAUCAAGCAUUUAUUGAUUCAUUCAUGCAUCAUUUUUCUGCUCAGAAAGCCUGUGAACCUUAACUAAACAACAGUAACUAUCAUCAGUCUUUGUACAGUAAAGGUAAUGACUUUUUACUACUUUACUAGGCAGAAAUCUACGUAUUUUCCUGCUAUUUUUGGUCAUUUGAUAAACAAAAAUGUCUAUUAUGCUGAAGAAAUGAAACCUGAAUUCACCAAAAA